GAAUAGGCGGAGCUUCCGGUUCCGGCGGGGGCCGUCCUUAGCGGCGGAGAUGGCGGCGACAGCAGCCGAGGCUGUGGCCUCGGGCUCUGGAGGGCCUCGGGAAGAGGCUGAAGCCCCCGGCCCCACCUGGGAUGAAUCCCAGUUGCGCAGUUACAGUUUCCCCACCAGACCCAUCCCGCGUCUGAGUCAGAGCGACCCCCGGGCGGAGGAGCUGAUCGAAAAUGAGGAGCCCGUGGUGCUGACUGACACAAAUCUUGUGUAUCCUGCCCUGAAAUGGGACCUUGAAUACCUGCAAGAGAAUAUUGGUAAUGGAGACUUCUCUGUGUACAGUGCUAGCACCCAUAAGUUCUUGUACUAUGAUGAGAAGAAGAUGGCUAAUUUCCAGAACUUUAAGCCGAGGUCCAAUAGGGAGGAAAUGAAAUUUCAUGAGUUUGUUCAGAAAUUGCAGGAUAUACAGCAGCGAGGAGGGGAAGAGAGGUUGUAUCUGCAGCAAACACUCAAUGAUACCGUGGGCAGGAAGAUUGUCAUGGACUUCUUGGGUUUUAACUGGAACUGGAUUAAUAAACAACAAGGAAAGCGUGGCUGGGGGCAGCUGACCUCUAACCUGCUGCUCAUUGGCAUGGAAGGAAAUGUGACACCUGCUCACUAUGAUGAGCAACAAAAUUUCUUUGCUCAGAUAAAAGGCUACAAACGAUGCAUCUUAUUCCCUCCAGAUCAGUUUGAGUGCCUCUACCCAUACCCUGUCCAUCACCCAUGUGACAGACAGAGCCAGGUGGACUUUGACAAUCCUGACUAUGAGAGAUUCCCUAAUUUCCAAAACGUGGUUGGUUAUGAAACAGUGGUUGGCCCUGGUGAUGUUCUUUACAUCCCAAUGUACUGGUGGCAUCAUAUAGAGUCAUUACUAAAUGGGGGGAUUACCAUCACUGUGAACUUCUGGUAUAAGGGGGCUCCCACCCCUAAGAGAAUUGAAUAUCCUCUCAAAGCUCAUCAGAAAGUGGCCAUAAUGAGAAACAUUGAGAAGAUGCUUGGAGAGGCCUUGGGGAACCCACAAGAGGUGGGGCCCUUGUUGAACACAAUGAUCAAGGGCCGAUACAACUAGCCUGCCAGGAGUCACGGCCUCCUGCCAGGUGACUGCUAUCCCGUCCACACCGCUUCAUUGAUGAGGACAGGAGACUCCAAGCACUAGUAUUGCACGCUGCACUUAAUGGACUGGACUCUUGCCAUGGCCCUGGAGGCAGGUGUUUGGGGCGAGGCAGGGCGGUUGGCACUCCACUCCCAUUUGGAGGGGUUUCUUACUCUUGCCUCUUGUGCCCCGGCACCUUCCCUCUGCCCACCUCCCCACCCCCCAAGUCCUGCAUUCAGUGUUUGGAGUCCCAGCUUUUGGUUGUCAUCAUGUCUGUGUGUGAGUCUGUCAACCUUGGGAUGGGUGCACGUGUAUACACGCACACACAUGUAUGUAUCUAUUCCUUGUCCUCACCUUCUGGGUCAGGGUGUCACUUCUGGCUCUCAGCCCUCUCUCCUGCAACCUCAGUGCCUCAGCCUGAGUGAAAGGAGAUGGUCUUGGACCCCCACUCCAUCUGGGCUGCAGGGCCAGAGCUAGUCUGACCAUUAGGUCAGUCUGCCUCCAUCCAAUUUUUGCAUAGUCAAGCUCUAGGCUGGGUGGGAAUGGCUCCUGGGACUCUAAUGGGGAGAAUGAGAGGGAGGCUUGCCUUUGAGAGCCUAAAUAGCCUUCCUGUGAAAGAAAGGAUUAGAUAGGAUUCCUGCUGGGACCUACAAGCUCAAGCCAUACAUAGAAAGGACCUUGGGACAUAAGAACCGAGGAUUGUGCAUGAGUUCUGAGUUAAAUACACAUACAAUUUCUCUUUCAGCACCAACUCUUGCCCUGGUGCUGGGUGCCAAGGGAAUUCUAGCUGUGGCUUCUCAAAGUUCUAGGGAUGUAAGCCUCUGUGGGGGUGUGUUUGUUUGUUUGUGUGUGUGUGUGUGUGUGUGUGUGUGUGUGUGUGUGUUUGUCCACACUGGCCAGCCUCCCUGCUUACUAAGGUUCCCCACUGUUUACCUUGUCCAGUGGGGCAGUACAGUGUGAGCCCCAGGAAGUACUGCCUGACCUAAAGCUGUUUAACUUGGAUUUUAGCCAUCAUAUGUUGGUCAGGUCUCACAGCACCCUGCCUGAGGCUGACUGGCUAGAGCCUCUGGGCCCUAUGACAAUUCCUGCCCAGGCCACAUCCUCUACUUCUACUGAGCUUCCUGGCUGAGUAGAUGAAAUGGGUCGAGCUUAGGCAGCUAACUCACUACCUGUCAUCCACCUCAGGGCAAGGGCAAAAUUGUAGCCUUGCCAUUUAAAGCCAGCGCCUCUGCCAGACCCUAUUGUAAUAAUAUUCCACAACACCCUCAAUAGUCAGGGCAACCGGUAGAGCAUGGAAGUAGAAUUUCCUUUUCUGUUAGUAGCUACUCAUGGGAACCCCUCUCAGGGCUGCAGCUUAUAGCUGGGCAGUUGUGUAUUGCACAACUUGAAGGGCCAUCAUUUACAUUUAUUCAGUGGGAACCUGGGAUUGGGUGGUGUAGUGGCCCUAUGUCUACUUAUCUCCACUCCAGUCUCCAUCCACUUCUCUCUGGAAGGAAAAAGGAGUUAGAAGGUCUUUGGUUUAUUUUUCCUACACCUUUUUUUUUUUGCCUAAGGUUUACUUCCAGUGUUCGAGCUAUGGCUCUCCUCCCCGAAGCUCAGUUUAUAGUGCACUGAUGGACUGAGAGGAUGUGUGUGUAUGCCUGUGCAUGCCCAUGUGUGUAUUUUGGGAAGGGGUGUUUAUUUUUAGUACCCCUUUCUGGGGUCCUCUGAUGCAGUGUGAGUGUGAAGACAUGAUUCUCUUCUCAAGUUAGCUCUUUCAAUAUAGUCAGUGCUGGGAAA